GGAUACAGGUUUUUCCUCUGAGUGAAAAAGAGGAGGAGAGAAGGGAAAGAAAAAGAAGAAGUAUAAUCAGAACAAACAUUUAAUAUAUGGGAUUCACAACAAACAAGACAUGGAUGACCAAUGUGUUCUCUUCAAAUUGAUGUAAGAAGUUCAAUUGCAAACGUAAAUUGGUCAAGGUAAUCAUUCAGGAUGGACGGCCAGAACCAAUACCUCGUGGCCCGACCCAUCUACUCCACAAGAGCCUUUGAACAUGCCAAUGAGAGGCAAGUGCGAGAGAGGAAGACCUUUAAGGAGAAGUUCACAAACUCUGCAAGAUCCACACUGACUCCUAAACUUCCCCUAAUAAUCAUCAAGAAGUUUUUCCCAAUCUUGCAAUGGCUCCCAAUCUAUCAGCUGAGGCAGUGGCUACCUGGCGAUAUUGUAUCUGGAAUCACCACUGGAAUGGUGUGUGCUUUACAAGGCUUGGCCUAUUCACUGCUGGUUGGGGUUGGUCCUGUUUAUGGACUCUAUGCUGCUUUCUUCCCCAUCCUCACCUACUUCAUCCUGGGCACCUCCAGACACCUCUCUGUGGGUCCUUUUCCAGUCACCUGUCUGAUGCAGGGAGCGGUGGUACUCAGUCUUGCUCCUGAUGAGCUGUUCAUGCAUCCAGGGAAUACUACCGUGAAUGGGACAGCCACGCUGGUGUUAAACGUAACACAAAGGGAUGCCAACAGACUCUCCAUAGCCACUACUAUGACUGUUCUGAUAGGACUCUUUCAGUUCGGUAUGGGUGUGGCCCAGGUAGGCUUCCUGGUGCGGUACCUGUCUGACCCACUGGUGGGCGGCUUCACCACAGCAGCAGCUUUUCACGUCGUCGUCUCCCAGCUCAAAUUGAUCUUUAACGUUCCCACCGGCAACUACAAUGGCAUCCUGUCUUUCUUUUAUACUAUUGGUGACAUAUUUAAAAACAUUAAACAAACCAACAUGGUUGACCUGAUCGCUGCAGUGCUGACCAUCAUUGUGGUAAUGGGCGUAAAAGAAUUUAACGCCAAAUUCCAGCAUAAGCUUCCAGUGCCUAUUCCUGUUGAAGUGAUUGUGACAAUCAUCGAUUCAGGGGUGUCUUAUGCAAUGGACCUCAGCACAAAUUACGGCGCUGGAAUUGUUCGCACCAUCCCAAGAGGGUUUAUUCCACCUCGACCGCCUGAUGUGUCACUUUUUAGCAGCUUUGGCGGCCCCAGUUUUUCCACUGGAGUGGUGUCUUAUGCCAUAGCUAUAUCAGUAGCUAAGGUCUAUGCUGCAAAGCAUGAUCUCACGGUUGAUGGGAAUCAGGAGCUGAUAGCCUUUGGCAUCAGCAACAUAUUCUGUGGCUGUUUCUCAGGCUUCGUGGCCACCACUGCACUCUCCCGCACAGCCAUACAGGAGAGCACAGGAGGGAAGACUCAGGUGGCAAGCAUAAUAUCAGCUCUGAUGGUGCUGAUAGUGAUUGUGGCUCUGGGGCCUCUUCUCCAGCCUCUACAGAAGUCAGUGUUGGGAGCCAUUGUUGUUUCCAAUCUGAAAGGCAUGUUCAUGCAGGUGCAUGAUGUGCCCAUUCUGUGGAGAAAGAACAAGACCGACUGCCUUAUCUGGGUGUUUACAUUUAUUGCUUGCAUCUUCUUGGGACUGGAUGUGGGUUUGCUGACGGGUGUAGUUAUUGAGCUGGCCACGGUUGUUAUCAGGACACAGUUCCCAUCCUGCGCAACACUUGGUAAUAUACCCACCACAGAAAUCUACAAGAAUAUGAAAGACUACAAAAAUAUAACAGAGUUCCCUGGAACAAAGAUUUUCAAAUGCACUGCACCCAUUUAUUUUGCUAAUAUCGAGUUUCUCAAGGAUCAGAUAAAAAGCAAAGUGGGAUUUGAUGCAGUGCAGGUCUUUAAGAAAAGAAACAAGGCUCUAAAGAAGAUUCACAGGCUACUUAAAAACGGGAAGCUGAAAAUCACUGAGAACGGGCUGGUGCCUGUGGGUACCCUGGGUGUGGAGAACGAAGCGUUUGAAUCUGAACAGGACCCCAAACAAGUGGAAACCAAAUCUCAGAAGGGAGCAGCGAACGGGACAAUAUCUGCAAAAGAUGUGGAGAUGCAGGUGGACUGGUCCUCCUCAUUACCUGGCGGUGUGACAGUCCCUAAAGUCGAUAUCCACAGCUUUGUUAUGGAUUUCACGGCUGUUUCCUUCUUGGACGUAAUGGCUGCAAAGUCCUUAAAAUUGAUCAUAAAGGAAUUCUUACGCAUUGGGGUCAACGUCUAUAUCGCAGGGUGUGAUGAUGAGAUCAUCCUGAAGAUGGAGUCCAUGGGCUUCUUUGAUGAGAUGGUGCACAGAGGCAUGCUGUUUCUCACUGUGCAUGAUGCCAUUCUCUACAUCAAGAUGGAAACAGGCAGUGAGACUGCAGAUGGAUCAGACACAUUUGCAGAGAAGAUUUCCCAGAUGCAGGACGAUAAAAUACCAUAUGUUGAAGAUGAGGACUUCAUUGAGACCUAUGACAAUCAGCGCUUGGCUAUCCAUGGACUCUCAAGUUGAGCCUGAAUCAUAACUUUCUGAGGAGAGAAUAUGAGGACUUGCUCAGGACCUGCCAUGCCGUAUUUUCAGAGGAUAUGUAUAGCCAGAAUGAGGGUUAUCAUCUUCCAGUCUAAUUUAUUCCAAAAUGAAGCUUUAACCUGCUUUAAAACAUUUCAAUAAGUAUUCUCAUGCAUGUGUCUGAGAUGAGAAAACAAUCACAGAUUUUUUUUAUUAUGAGAGAAUGACUCUUUAAGUCAUUUCAGGAAUUAAUUUCUUUGUCACGUUCUAAACAAUUUGAAGCACUUACAGUUUGCAAUCUGAGAAAGUUUGACACAACCAAAGAGAACUCAUGCAGUAAGACAGCAAAUUUGUACUGCACUGUAUUUACUGCCUUUUAGUUUGUUUAGUUCCCUACACCUGCAGCUUCCAAACAGGAGAAACAUGUAAAUGAAGAUAUAAUAAAUUAACUAAUACUACUUAUACUGUUAUAAGAUCAUCUAUACUCUGCACUCUGUUUCUGAAUAGAUUUUGACAUAGUGCCAACAUUUAAACAUUUCCCUCUACUAUCUUUUUCAUCUCUCUACAUUUACAGUAUCUGUGCAAAAGUGUUUUUCUUUCAGGAAACUACAAUUAUUUUUACUCUAAUGUGCUAAUAUGUAACAUAUUGCUCUCUGGUCUCUGUCACUGUAAUUAAAACUAAAAUGCAAUACUUAUAAA